ACAGCGCCAGUGGAUCGGCUCGUGUGGCCAGCGGGGGCGCAGCCUGAAGGGCGAGUUUUUUCAAGCUUGCUGAGGGUGUUCGAGGCGGCCGAGUGGGACAAAGUUUUUGUCAAAAUGGCCCGCGUCGUGGUCAACUACUUCACCGACAUGGCUUUCAAGGUGUUGUUUGGCUCCACUGGCAGCCGAAGAAGCAGCGGGGACGGCGACCUAGAGAGUCUGCGAGCUGGGCGUGAACGGCGUGACAUAGCACAGUACGUGCUGGAGAGUCAGCAGCGGGUGAGCCAACUGCCCCCAGACUGCCAGCGGCGCAUCGCCUGCAUGGUGGGACAACACAUGGGCAGCCUAAACAGCCUGCGCAUGCUGGCGCCGAUGCUCAGAACCGUGGACCACUCCUUGGUUGAAGCAGCUCUACAUGGCGUGGCCGCAAAGGACUGCGACAUCGCCUACCCCGACUGCCAGCAAGCUUGACAAACAAUCUACCCGUGUAUCCGUAGCAUUUGUUGUUGAAAAAUAAACGCUGGUUCGUUGACCCUGUU